AUGAGCGGCCCUUUGAAAUUGAAGUUGAGUCUUAAGACAAAUGGAGGAACGAAUCCAUCAUCUGGACCUCCUACACCUAUUCCUACUACACCAUCACUUCUCACACCUGGUGGAUCGAAACCAAAGUUAAAAUUUAGCAGUAAACCUGCGACAUCACCACCUCUUCCAUCCGACCCAUCGCAACCAAAGCCCACCAAAGCAGGACGAGCACCUAAACCGACAAAGAAGCUCACGGAAUCGCGCAAGAGAGUUAAAGAAGAGGAUGAUAGUGGCGAAGAAAGCAUCUCCGUUAUACCACGGAAACCGAACAUUCAAGAUGAACCUGCGAAGAAGAAAGUUAAGAUCAGUCUUAAGCCCAAAACCCCUUCUAUGGGUGGUAUUCCUGGGCUUCCAAUGCCAAAGACACCGGUUAUUAUCAAGGCUAAAAUGAAAGGCAAACCGCCCAAACGACCUCUUGGUGAAGGGUACGAUUCUGAAGCCAGUGAUACGGAGAAAGAUCCAUCCAUUGAAGAGUCAUUUAUUUUUCGAAUGCUUCCCGGUGACGAUUGCGACUAUUUAAGAACCUGUAUUACCGAGAAAAAGAUUGGAGUUAAUCCAAGAGUUGGAGGAGCAGAUAUUCAAAUGAAAUUCUUCCAAGCAGAAGGAAGACGAGCUGCCGUUACUAUUCGUGGAAAUGUUUAUGCAGCUACUCUUGUCGACUUGCCAUGUAUUAUCGAAGGAAUGAAGAGUUGGGAUAAAAGAGGGUGGUGGAAAAGUACUGAUAUCUGUCAAAUGCUUUGGAUUUAUCAAAAAGUUGCAAAUGAAGAUGAGGCUAAGACUUGUCCCUUGCCCUCAAUCAUCGACCCACAGACUUUCCAGUAUCCACAUGGUCUUACCCCUCCUAUGCAUUUAGCACGAAAGAGACGUUUCAGAAAACGUAUUAGCAGGACUGCAAUUGAAGCUGUAGAAGAAGCUGUUGAAAAGCUUCUUGAAGAGGAUCGAAAGGCAGUAUCUUCAGAAUAUAAAGUAAUUUCACCAGAAAGAGAACAAAGUAGCCAAGUGUUCAGUCCAGGAAGUUAUGGUGACGAAGGGGAAGAUCAAUACUCAGAAGAUGAAGAUGCCGAAGGUGAAGCCGACGAUGGUGGUUAUUUCUCUCACAUAAAUGGCGAAGGUCACGUAUCUGGUGAUGAAAUGGGUGGAGAUCUCGAAGCCGACCUCGCAGCAGAAAUGGAAGCCGAAUUAGAAGCAGGAGCAGGUUUUGAGGAUAUAGCCGCAACACCAAUGUCCAUGUCAGGCAUAGCAGCCACACCAAUGCUUCAAGGCGACACACCAGCUCCCAACGAGGAAGACGAUAGCGGCGAUGAAUCUAUUGAAGAUGGUGAAAGUGCGGAUGAAGGAAGUGAAGCAGAUGAUGUUUCGGAUGAUGAAAAAGCUCGAUUGGCUCAACUUCAGGAAUUGAAGGAAGAUAUUGUCGAUUUGGAAAAACAAAUCGAAGCUCUACAGGCUCAAUUGGCGGCUCAGAAUAAUCCAAUUCUUCGUAGGAGAAUCGAAGAUAAAUCGAGGAAACUUAAAUCAGAAUUGGAAAUUAAAAAGUCGAGUAUUGGAGAGGCGGAGGAUGAUUAG